AGUAAGGGCGGAAGUAGCUUCCUCAGCGGAAGUGGCUCCAGUAAGGGCGGAAGCAGUGUGGACGGGUAGGAGUAGGGGUUCCACCCCCUGGGCUGUCGCCCCCGGCCGCCGCGAUGGAACUCAGUGCGGAGUACCUCCGGGAGAAGCUGCAGCGAGACCUGGAGGCGGAGCACGUGGAAGUGGAGGACACGACUCCCAACCGUUGCGCAUCUAGCUUCCGAGUCCUGGUAGUGUCGGUCAAGUUUGAAGGCAAACCACUGCUUCAGAGACACCGGCUGGUAAACGCUUGUCUAUCGGAAGAGCUCCCGCACAUCCAUGCCUUUGAGCAGAAAACCCUGACCCCAGCGCAGUGGGCCCGUGAGCAGCAGAAAUAAGGGGCCGAGACCUGCACAGCCAUUAAAUUAUGAAUCAGGGCCAGCCUCUGUGUCACUCUGUUGUGUGUGGGAGA